UUAACCCAUACUCCAGCCCAAGACCCUAUCCAACCCAGUAUUCCAAGAUUCGCAGCUGGAGCGCACCGCCCCGCCCGCGCGCCGCCUCUCCGGCGCUCCUCCGCCACCGGCGACCUCCCACCCGUCGCUUGAACUUCGCGGCGUGCGCGGCCAAGGACGGCCGCGGCUGUGAGGGCUGCGGCGGCGCGCGCUUCGUGCCGUGCUGGGAGUGCGGCAGCAGCCGGCGCAAGGUGGUGGCGGAGGAAGGCGGCCAUCAGGUGGAGAGGUGCGCCAAGUGCAACGAGAACGGACUCAUGAUGUGCCCACUCUGCCAUUGAAUCUAUCUUAUGGAUCAUCCUCCAUCAGAUGUCAAGGUUUGGAAAAAGUCUUCAUCAGCGGUGGGAUGAAGACGACGAAUCUGAUGACGAUGACCUCCUAAUUCUUGCUGGUCUUAUUGAGGGCUCAAAGAGGAACAAGCGGAAGAAGAACUUUCGUGGAUCUUUGCCUGGUCGUCACAGCGUGCGGAGGGGCAUCUUGGGGGGUCAUGAUGGUAUAUUCAGGGACUACUUUGCGGACCCGUGCAUAUACAACAACAAGCAUUUCAGAAGGAGGUUCUGGAUGUCCAAGACUCUCUUCCUGCGGAUCGUGGCUGCAGUGGAGUCUCACGAUGACUACUUCCGUCAGAAGCCCAAUGCCGUUGGAGCUCUUGGGGCUUCUCCAAUCCAGAAGUCUAUUGCUGCCGUUCGGAUGCUUGCCUAUGAUGUUUCGGCUGAUUUCCUGGAUGACUACGUCAGGUUGGGAGAGAGCACCAUCAUCGAGUGCCUAAAAUAUUUUGUGAAAGCUAUCGUUGAAGUUUUCAAUGAACAAUACCUAAGGGCCCCCAAUGCCGAGGACACAGCUAGAUUUAUGGCCAUUAAUCACGCAAGAGGGUGGCCAGGCAUGCUUGGCUCCAUUGACUGUAUGCACUGGAAGUGGGACAAGUGCCCGACUGCUUGGAGAGGCGCAUACACAGGGCAUAAGGAUGGGCCGACCAUGAUUCUUGAGGCUGUUGCAUCUCAAGAUUUAUGGAUUUGGCACGCAUUUUUUGAUCUUCCUGGUUCUCUCAACGAUGUCAAUGUGCUUCGGCGUUCUCCACUUUUCCAGAGUCUGACUUCCGGGACAGCACCAGAAUUGGAAUACAUUGUCAAUGGAAACAAGUACAACAUUGGUUACUAUCUUGCCGAUGGGAUAUAUCCACCCUGGGCAACUUUUGUGAAAGCUUUCCAUAGUCCCCAGGGCAACAAGAAAACCUACUUCACAAGGGCACAACAAGCAGCGAGAAAAGACGUCGAGAGGGCUUUUGGGGUACUCCAGUCUCGAUUCACAAUGGUGCGGGGCCCUGCGAGGUUAUGGAGUAAGGAAGAUCUUUGGUAUAUCAUGCAAUGUUGUGUACUCCUGCACAACAUGAUAGUUGAAGAUGAGCGUGAGGAGCCCGACGAUUUUAACUACCAUCAAGAGCCGAACGGUAUCCGUGUGUUGAAGCCCAAGGACUACGAGCGUCGUGAUCCUCUUCUUCUAAAUGACUUCCUCAAGAUACACGAAGAAAUUGAGGACAGGUCGUCACAUGAGCGACUUCGGGAUGAUCUAGUAGAGCAUCUAUGGGCAAGAUAUAGUGCUAGGUAGUUGCUAGGUAGUUAUACAUGUGGGUUUGUACUCUGAAUUCAUGUUAUACAUCUGCAAUAAAAAAUAGAAGAUACUGCAUCUUUCCUAUUA